CUAUCUAAGGUCCAAAACUCAAGUGGGAAGUCAAUAUGUACACAGAUAAGCAGAUAUACAGACUGUACGUGUGUGACGUACAUGUACAUGUAUGCAGCAAAACAAAAAUCCCAAGCUCUAUAUAUAAACCAUGUCACGCGACUUGAUGACGAUGCUGUGUUUGUCCAGCGCCAUCUUUACCAGAUCCGCCCCAUCAAACGCCUUAACUGCUAGUGCUCUUACAUCAAAGUGAAAAAACUCUGUCUUUAAGUGAUUUGACUGGGAAUUUAAAAGAGGUAAGAAAAUAUUGUCAGUUAUUUUGAAUGAGGUUAAAUGCUAGCUCACCGGUACAAGUGUAGGAAUCACAGUUUGCCUUAAAAAACAAAAUGUGAAGAGUACAUACAGUAGUAAUGUUCCACCAAAACCAACAUGUAUAUUUAGUAAUAACCAGAUUAGGGCACAAGCUACCGUACACGUACCAGAGCUCUUCAAAAAAUCAGAGCUCUUCAAAAUUUGACAGGAAUUCCAAAAAAAAUUGAUGUCUUGUUCAAAAGUGGAUACAUGUAAAUACAAAAUAACAAAUUUGCCUGAAUUAAACUCACACAGACAGUGCAGUAUUAAAGAAGUUACAUCUCUGUAUUAUAAUCAUUUCAAUUUCUUUUUAAAUACUCUUUGUAUACAGAUAAAAUGGCUACAGCUCUAAAGAACAUCGGUCCCCAUCUUGAAUGCAUCAUCUGUGCAGACAAAUACAAACAGCCCAAGGUGCUGGAUUGCAUGCAUAGUUUCUGCCAGAAAUGUUUGGAGAAAUACUACACUAGCAGGUAUGCAGGUCAGCCUAAGAUUCCUUGCCCUGUAUGUAGACGGGAGACGGUACUCCCAGAGACACGCAUUCAAGGCCUAAAAACAAAUUUCCAUUUGAUGGGAAUAGUUGAGGAGGUCUCACUCCAAGAAAAGGUGGUUAGUUCAGAAAACACAAAGGUCACCUGUGAGAUUUGUGAUGAGGGAAAUGAGGCCAUGCAUCGUUGCCUGGACUGUGCACAGAAUAUCUGCUCAAACUGUCGCAAGACACACUUGCGAUGUACUGCUACAUCAAACCACACAGUGGCUACUUUGGAGGACAUUCGUCAGGGGAAGGUAACAGUGAAAAAAACACCAGAAGAAGAUGAGUCUAGAUGCCACAAACACAAGGGGGAAGUGAAACGGUUUUACUGUGAGACAUGUGAAGAGUUAAUCUGCCGAGAUUGUACUGUAGUAGACCACUGUAAACCAGAGCAUCACUACAUUGACUCUGGAGAGGCUUCUCGCAAAUACAAACAGUCAAUGAAAGAUACGUUUCCAGACUUCACCACAGGCAUCAAAAGACUUGAACAAGCUUUGACCACUUCAUCACAAGUCAAGCAGAAGUUCACACAGAACGUCACAAAGACUGUGAAAGCUGUGCAAGACAAAGCGGAUAAAAUGAGAGCUGAGAUAACAACUCAAGAGACCAAGAUGAUUAAAGAAAUCAAGCAACUCCAGCAGGAUCGCAACAGAACAUAUGAUGAACAUCAGUCAACACUGACAAUGAUGCUAGAAAGUAAAAAACAUUCAUUGGGGACAUCCCAAGAUAUCAUUAACACUGCAUCAGACAGUGAUUUUUUGUCACUAUACCCUAUCAUCAGCAAAGACUUGAAAUCACUCAAGAGUCAAAACACUCCCCAGAUUGAUCCCAAGCUUUCAUAUCUGAGCUUCACCCCGGGUCAUGGUUACAUCAAUCUGGGCAAGCUUGAUGGGGUGGAAGCAGUCAAGUGGGAGAUGUGUCGUAAGUUUGGUAAAAGAGGAAGUGGUCGAGGAGAGUUCAAUUUGGCUCGAGGUAUUACUGCUACUCAACCUGGUGAGAUUGCUGUGGCAGACAUGAUGAACAACCGAGUGGUCAUCUGCAGCAAUGAGGGACAACACAAGGGAACCAUUCUCCUAAAAUCAAAUCCAGUGGCAGUUGCAGCCAUCCACAAUCAUGAGCAAUGCUUGCUUGUGUUGGAUCUUGGAAACAAGUAUGUCAAGGUGUUCAACAUGAAGGACAACACUCUUGUUAUGCAGUUCCCAACGAUGCUCAAGCAUCAGGUAGACAAGACAAAAAUGAACCUACAGAGUCUAGCCGUAACAAAGAAUAGCAUCUUAGUAGGCGACACCAACAAUAUGGUGUGGACUGAACACAGACCCACUGACGGUGAGAUCCUACGCACCAUACCAGUGCAGACUCCACCUCACUUCCUGGCUGUUGAUGACGACACUGAUAGAGUUGUGGUCAGUGGAGGUAACACAAAGAAAGUGGUUGUUGGUGAUACCAAAGGUAGAACAAUCUGGACGAUUAAUCCAACCAUUAAUGGUGAGCCAGUGGGGAACUGCAAGGGUGUAUGCUGUGACAGCUCAGGCAUCUACCUUGCAAUUGCAAUGCACCAAGGUGUGUCUGACACUGGUCAUAUUCACCACUAUGACCAAGAUGGCAGGUUUCUUAAUUGCCUGGCUCAGGGUCUGUAUGACCCACAGGGAAUCGCAUUCACAUCGGAUGGCCAGCUGGCAGUGGCUGAUUGGUUCUCAAUCAAGAUGUUUCACAAAGUGUGAUGUCAUCCAACAUGACAUUGACUACCAAUCAUCAUCAUCCCAACAGAAAAUGUUGAGGAUGAAAUUGUCCAGUCAUUACAGCACCAAUCAACAUUCAUGCCCUACUCAUAUCACAUCUCUCCUCAAAAAUCCAAACUGCAA